AGGCUCCUGUGACAUAACCUUAAAGAUAGACAUAUGACAUUCCUCGUUCCUCAUUUUUCAGCCCUUUUUUUGUGCCUAAACUUGAAAUAAAAAGUUUACGAAAUGGAAAACGAAGCUGGAGAUUUUGUCGACUUGUACUGCCCCAGAAAAUGUUCUGCCUCAAACAGAAUUAUUCACGCUAAAGACCAUGCCUCUAUCCAAAUCAGCAUUGCGGAAGUAGACCCAGUUACUGGCAGAAUGACUGACACAUCCAAAAACUACGCCCUGUGUGGAAGUAUCCGUAGGAUGGGUGAAUCAGACGACUGUAUUGUCAGGCUUACGAAAAAAGAUGGACUUGUUGCCAAGAACUUCUAGAUACAAUGUUAUGCUCAGAUAAAAAUAAAAGUUAAUUUUUGAAAAAAAAAAGUUUUUUUAUUUAUUCUUCUCACUCAGCUUUAGACUGACUAUAAAUUAAAAUUAGAUAAUCUAUUAUAGUAAUGAAAUCUUUUAUUUUGAUUUGUAUCUUUAUUUAUUAUUAUGCACCGAGUUAUGCACUGUCGCUACUUAUUUUUUGGAUUACUUACUUAACAAAUCCACAUUUCCUUUGUACUUAAACCAUAACACCUGUUUCAUCAAUAACAAAUAUUAUUCAUGGUUGUUUACAACAUGAAAUUGUGCCGGAAGUGGCAUUUAAUUAUUUCCCAAAAUACACUUUAUAGACUUAUUUACCAAAUUUUCAUUGAAAAUUCAUGGAUGAGUCAAACACUAAAACAAUUAUUGGUUUUUAUAUAUUUUAUCAAAAACAAACUAACAGUGUUUAUGUGCAUACAUAAGGUUAAUUAAAAAAAUCUAAAACUAAUUUACAGCAAACUCUGCGUGAAACACAUAACAACUUAUGCUUAUAUUCUAAUAAACAAUAAAUAUUGUAUAUUUAAUAAUAAUGUACAAAAAAAAUCUAUUUCUAUCGAAUAUCACAAUCAGUUUUAAAUACAAAUAGGGACAAAAUGGCAACAUAUAUUUUUUUUAAACACUACUUAAGAUAGGUAUACAUUUUUCAUCAAGACAACUAGGUUUGGUUACAAAAAUACCCAAUGGUAGCAUUUGAAUUUCUUAUAGUAAAUAAAAAUGCUCAAGUAUUGAAUUCGCUUUAAGUUUUUCUACAAUUUUGCAUUGGCAUUUGGUCCUUAAUGAAGUUUUGAUGCAAGAAAAUGCAUAUGGUUUUUCAAAGCUUUUUGUAAAAUUAUUGUACCUAAUUUAAGAACCUAUCGACAAAAUGCUGUACAUUUAUCCAGGACUUUUUUCUUAAAGUACCUAAUGAGUGAGAAGGUAAUAAUAACCAUUAACAGUAACCCGAUCAAGUUUAAAAUAAGGAUUAGGCAUGGGCCAACAGUAACUACACCUUUUUCAAUUGUAAUUCAGAAAAUAAAAGGUUAAUUUCAGAGAAGGGAACAUGUAUUUCAGAAUAGGAACUUAUAAUUCAGAAAAGAGAAAUUGAAUUUGAGAAUUGUAACUUUAAUUUCAGAAUAGGGAAAAUGAAAUUCAGAUUAGGAAGUUGGAAUUCAGAAAAGCAAUAUUGUAAUUCAGAAUAGUAAAUUGAAAUUCAGAAACUGUAAAUUAUAAUUUAGAAAAGGGAAAUUGUAUUUCAGAAGGUGAAAAUCUCGGUGAAAAUUUAAUUUCAGAUAAUGGAAUUUGUAAUUCAGAAAAGUAUAAUAUGCACCUUACGAUAAGCUAUGUACAGAGAUACAGAGCAGAGCACAGGUACAUAAAGAUAGUGAAAGAACCACCCAACACUCAACCACCUUCCAUGCCGUGGCGCUAUGUAGUAUUAAAGGAUAUGCCAGUUGGUCAGUAACUGAAAUUUUGAAUUGCAUUUGAGGAAAUUAAGUUAUCAACUUACUUUUUGGUAAUUUUUUUAGAAGUAUGUUAUUAUGUGCUUACGUAUAGGUAACUGAAUAAAAAUUGAAUUUGUAUGAAUACGUAUUUUUGUAUUUGGAUUCACAAAGAACAUUUUUAUGUAAAACUGUACAAACGAUAAUUUAAUAAACGCAAGUAGCAGUCCCGUGUUUAGCGACACAAGAUUAAAAGUUGAAAAAAAAAAAACACUCGUAGAUAUUUCAUGAUUCUGAAUUACAUUUUCCUAUUUCUGAUUUUCAAAAUUGCAUAUCUGAAUUACAAUUUACAUUUUCUGGAAUUAACUUUCCCCUUUCUGAAUCACAUAUUCCUAUUCUGAAUUACAAAUUCCCAUUUCUGAAUAUUAUGUUCCUUUUCUGAAUUUCAAAUUCCAUAUUCUGAAUAAUAACUUCCUAUUCUGAAUUACAUUUUCCAUUUUCUGAAAUUUAAUUUCCCUUUCUCAAAUACAUUUUCCGCUUUCUGAAUUACAAUUGGAAAAGGUGUAGUAGUAAAGUAGCUACUUUUUGCUUGCUUUGGAAAUAAACAAAUCAAAAACUUGUUAGUUUAAAAGUUUUACGUGUUCUAAUAAACUGUCAUUGUCUUUGUUUAUUGAUUUAGUAGAAACUUAAUCAUAUUCAGAGAUAUUUUGAGAGUGACAAAGUUGUAUGCCAAUAAAAAGAGACUUGAAAGUCCGGAACAAAGGUUUCACCCAUAUAAAAUCUAUUCUGCUUAUAAAGUUUUAAAGGACAGUUAAAUAUCUUAUCCCAAGAUAAAUAAAUUUUCUGGAUGGAGAAGAUUGUCUCCAUCUGUCAAUCGAUUCAUAAUAAAGAAUCAUAAUUAAAAUACCCACAAGGUAACUAAAAAAAAAGGGAACAAAAUCGAUCAAAAGUCCUCAAAUAGUUUUAGUUCAUCAUCUUCCAACAUCCUGGAGUUUUUCCAAUCGCCUUCUGGGUAUUCGUCAAAAUUGCUCGUGUCGCCUUCGUACAUAAUUUUUGGUACUAUUGGAGGCU